ACCGAUAAAACUUGUCUGGUUAAGUUGUGCAAAGAGCGUUUGACCCAGUAAGAACUCGAUAGUGAUUCAACACGUUUCUCUAUUUUACACUUAUUUCCUGAAGUCACCUUAUCUGUGACGUCAGUCGAAUAGCGAAGGUCACCAAUAGGACACGAGAACGAAUUAGCGAGCGCGUAUCUUUUACGAAAUUUCUACCAUAAAGAAAGUACACGAGAAAGUUGCCGGCAAAUUUUUCGAAUAGAAAUGGCUUCUCUCGAUAACGUUACCCUGCAAGAGUUGAAAGAUAUUGCAAAUAAGCUUAGAAUUUAUAGCAUUAAAGCAACCAAUGCUUCGAAGUCCGGGCAUGAACAGGGACAUGCUGCACCUAUUUUGUAUGCUGCUUGGGCAGAAACAGGAUUGUUUCCAAUAGAAGAUCUUUUGAAUUUAAGAAAAAUUGAUUCUGAUUUGGAAGGUCAUCCAACACCUCGCCUGCCAUUUGUUGAUGUUGCCACUGGCUCUUUGGGCCAAGGAUUGAGCUGUGCUGCUGGAAUGGCUUAUACAGGAAAGCAUUUUGAUAAAUCAAAUUAUCGGGUUUAUUGUGUAAUUGGAGAUGGUGAAUCUGCUGAAGGAUCCAUUUGGGAAGCCCUUGCUUUUGCUGGACAUUAUAAACUUGAUAAUCUAGUUGCUAUCUUUGAUAUUAAUCGUCUUGGCCAAAGUGAGCCAACUGCUUUGCAGCAUCAAAUGGAUGUGUAUAAAGCUCGUUUAGAAGCAUUUAAUUUUAAUACAGUUGUUGUGGAUGGACAUGAUAUCAGUGCACUUUGUUCAGUUUUUGAUGCUGCUGCUAAAGUAAAAGGAAAACCAACUGCUGUUAUUGCAAAGACUUAUAAAGGACAUGGUCUUCCAGGAAUUGAAGAUCAAGAAAAUUGGCAUGGAAAACCAAUUGGAGAUAAAGCUGAUGGUCAAAUUAAUGGGCUUCUCAAAUUAAUAACAAAUAAUGGAAGACCUAAAAUUGGUCCUAAACCUCCAAGUGAUGAUGCUUCAGUUACUGAUAAUUCAAUAAUUACACUUUCAAGUCCUCCAAGUUAUACUAUUGGAGAAAAGGUUGCAACACGUCUUGCUUAUGGAACUGCUAUUGCCAAAUUAGGAAACAGUAGCAGUAAAGUGAUUGCUAUGGAUGGCGAUACUAAGAAUUCAACAUUUUCGGAUAAAUUUAAGAAAGCACAUCCAGAAAGAUUCAUUGAAUGUUACAUUGCAGAACAAAACAUGGUUGGAAUUGGUAUUGGAUGUUCUACAAGAAAUAGAACGAUUCCAUUUAUUAGUACUUUUGCAGCAUUUUUUACACGUGCUUUUGAUCAGUUAAGAAUGGGUUCUAUAUCUCAAGCUAAUAUUAAAUGUGCUGGAUCUCAUGCUGGAAUAUCUAUUGGUGAAGAUGGACCUUCACAGAUGGCACUGGAGGAUUUAGCAAUGUUUCGCUCCUUACCAACAAGUACUGUAUUCUAUCCAUGUGAUGCAGUUUCUACUGAACGAGCUUGUGAGCUUGCUGCUAAUACUCGUGGAAUAUGUUUUAUUCGAACCUCACGUCCUGCUACUGCUGUAUUAUAUAAUAAUGAUGAAAAUUUCCAAGUAGGAGAAGCUAAGAUUGUAAGAAAAUCAAAUAACGAUCAAGUUUUAGUUAUUGGUGCUGGUGUUACUUUGCAUGAAGCAUUGAAAGCUGCCGAUGAACUUUCUCAAGAAGGUAUUAAUAUUCGUGUAAUGGAUCCAUUCACAUUGAAACCAAUUGAUGAAGCAGCUAUUAUUAAAAAUGCUACUGAAGUUGGUGGAAGAAUUGUUACAGUAGAAGAUCAUUAUCCUGAAGGUGGUUUGGGUGAAGCUGUUGCAUCAGCUGUUUCAAUGCAGAGGAAUAUUAUUGUAAAACGAUUAGCAGUUAGAAAGCUUCCUCGUAGCGGUCCACCUAAUGUGCUCUUAGACAUGUUUGGCAUCAGCAGCAAUUCUAUUAAAGAGGGUGUUAAAGAAAUUUUGAACCAAUAAAUUUGCAUUUAUACAGCAUCUGUUUUUUGCACUAGAUUGGUGUAUAAAGAUUCUUCUGUUCCUAUUGCUAAAAUGUUUAUUGUGUCCAUAAAAUAUUUGUAGGGAUCAAAACUUUGUUAAAUUUGACAAAACAACAAAACAUUUGACAUUCCUGAAUUAUGGAAAUGGUUAUAAAAUGCUUUUAAACAAAGAUUGUAAAAAUCAUUUGUUGCUAAAUAAAAUAUUUUGCAUUGAAA